AUGCCAAGUCUAUUUUGCAAUGGCGCUGAACCCGAAUCUGGCUCGCCAUGCACUGAUCUUGAAGCUGGUCAUGCCAAUCUCAAUCUUGCCGGUCAAUCUCCAUGGCAGCUUGGUAUAAACAUUGCGAACCUUAUCAAGGACGGAAAGGUCACUUUCAAGCAUAUCCAAAGCGGUCUUAACGGUAUUCAAGAGAGAGAAACAAUGGAACAAGAAGCUUUAAUCCAAGCCUUUGACAGACUUUCAGCUUGCGAAGCUCAAAGAAUCAUCAUAGAGCUUCUUGAGAAGAACCUCGUCGGCAUCGUCAGAUUCUUGAUCUGUGAGAAUGAUCUCAUCAAGGAAUCCUUGAAGAAGAAAUUGUUGGUUGAAGAAAAGGAUGGCACUUUUGCAACUCGCAAGUUCGAGACAGACGCCAUCUAA